AUGGCUGGCUCACAGGGCCUGUGGGGAGCCUGUGGACCCCAGCCGUGGCCGUGUGGGGCACAUGGAGGUGACAAUGACCUCAAGCAUCACCCCAGCACCAAACAGCCCAGAGCCCCAGGGUCGACAGGAAACGAGUCAGGAACCAAACUGGGGCAAAGAGGGGACCCAGGCACCAGCACGCCCCAGACGGGGCUCAUCCCCGAGCCCAACGUGGUGGUCUUCCCACAGCCCGGGCAGACGCGUCCCGGAGGAAGUGACACCAGGACAGGGCACCAGAGGGCGGAGGAGGAGGCUGAUGGGGGACCUAAGCAUCCAUGCCCAGAAAAUAGUUCCAAAAAGGUGGAGAACUCCCAGGAUUUGGAAGAACCCAUGCUGGCCCAGAUCUCCAGCACUGAGUCCAGCAAGGAGAGGCCUCCAGCUGUGGUCCACCAGAUGCCCUUCUGUGCCAGGAGCUUGCGGCGGGUCAUCCCGGAGGCCUCAGCCAUCAGGGCAUCGCAGACCUUGCCGCCCCGCCUGUCUAGGGUGAAUGGCUGGUCGAGGCCCCUCCACUUCUUCCAGGCCAUAGCCUGGGCCAUGUUCCUGUUCCUGGCCUUCACCACCUUCGGCGUCUUCAUCCCCUUCCUGCCACUCAACUGGAGAUACAUGGCCUACGGUGUGACUGGUGGACUUUUCUUGUUCCACUUCUUGGUCCACGUGAUUGCGGUUUCCAUCGAUCCGGCUGAUACCAACGUCCGCAUGAAAAAGAACUACGCAGAGCCUGUGCCGACCUUCGACCGGUCCAAAUACCUGCAUGUGAUCCAGAACCGUUAUUGCCAUCUGUGCGAGGUCACCGUGAGCGCAAAAGCCAAACACUGCAGCUCCUGCAACAAGUGUGUCGAGGGCUUCGACCACCACUGCAAGUGGCUAAACAACUGCGUAGGGACCAGGAAUUACUGGUUCUUCUUCAGCUCCGUGGCCUCGGCCUUCGUGGGCAUGCUCUGUGUAGCGGGCAUCUUGCUGUACAUCUUCAUCCAGUACGUAGUCAACCCGGUGGAGCUGCGCGCGGACCAACACUACCGAAGCAUCUCCAACGAGCACACGUGGGUGCUGUUCCUCCCACUGUUCCCGACAAGGACGAAGACGCCAGUGGUGCUGACCUUAGGGGCGUCCGUGCUGCUGCUGAACGCUGCCAACCUCCUGCUGCUGGGGCAUCUGCUCUUCUUCCACCUCUACCUGAUGAGCAAGAAGUUGAGCACAUAUGAUUACGUGAUCUGGGGCCGUCAACAGCGCAAUUUGGCUGCAUCGCAGACAAGAGACAAGGCCUCACAGGUGGGAUUGCUACAGCUGAUCUGCAUCAAAAUGAAAAGCAUUUACUCUUCAAAGGUCACCACUAAGAAAGUGACAAUAUAA